AUGAAGUACCUCACCAUCGUCGCUGCAUCCCUUGCAGCCAUCAUUCCCUCAGUCAGCGCCUACCCCAUCACUGGCGACGGCGUCAACUGCCGCUCCGGUCCCGGCACCGAUCACCCCGUUGUCAAGUCCUACCCCAAGGGCCACGAUGUCUCCAUUGUCUGCCAAGCCCCCGGCACCGACGUCAAGGGCGACAAGAUCUGGGACAAGACCUCCGACGGCUGCUACGUCGCUGAUUACUACGUGAAGACCGGUUCCUCCACCUACGUCACCAAGCACUGCGACGGCGGCAGCGGUGGAGGCAGCGGCGGCGGCUCCGGCAGCGGAUCGGGCAAGGCCAUCGUCGACGCAGCCGAGAAGGAGAAGGGCCUCCCCUACGUCUGGGGCGGUGGUGGCUGCAAGGGUCCCUCUGGCGGCGGCUUCGACUGCUCCGGUUUGACUCAGUACGCCGUCUGCCAGGCGCUGAAGAAGACCAUUCCCCGCACGGCGCAGACGCAGUACAACUCGAACAUGGGCAAGCGGAUUCCUCGCGCACAGGCUAAGGAGGGUGAUCUGCUCUUCUGGGCUACCGGUGGUGACUGCAGCAACAAGGUUGCCCACGUUGGUAUCUUCAUCCGGGACGGAUGGAUGAUCAACGCUGCGAAGACUGGUACUCCUGUCAGAGAACAGGCUAUCUGGACCUCUUAUGGUGGAGAGUCUAUCUGCCCUUAUGUCAUGAGGUAUGUCAGUUUCUUCGGUACCGUGGAUUAA